AUGAGUGUGGCAAAUAACUUAUGUUCAUCAUUAUCAAAUAGUGCUAAAGAUAUUGACUCUUUUUCAAUGAAACCAUUUAGGUCUUUAUCUUCAAGAGAAGGAAUUAUUACUACAACACGAUUAAAUAAUUUAGUUUCUCCACCACCAAGAUCACAAAUCACUAUUACUCCAAGAAAGUCACCUGAACAAUUUUUAAGGUCAAGUCUAUUUGAUGAAAGUCCUUCAUUAUUAUUUUGUUAUUGUGAUAAACUCCUCAAAAGAGAUUCAAGUUCAUUCAAAAUUAAUUCUUUAUUAAAUUUUUAUGCAUCUCGUGGUAAAGUGACAUUUUUAUUUACAAAACUUGGAGAAAAAGAAAUAUCUUCAACUAAAACAGGAACACCUCUUUUAAAAGGAAAUACACCUUUUAUUAGAUUAUAUCAGUCAUAUGUAUUAAAUUGGUGUAACCGUUACUUAGAUGAAAUGGUAAAAGAAAUUGAAAAAUUAAAAGUAAUAACUGGAACUUUAGAUGACGUUGAUAUCAGUCAAGAUAAUAAUAGAGAGUUUAUGAAAAAUUUUGGAAAGUCUCUUGUUAAGAAUCUAUCAUACUUAACUUCUCAUCAAAGAAGAAUUAUUAAAGAAUUAUGUUCUUAUAGAGCUAUUUCUCAUGAUCAACAAAUAAUCAAACAAGUAUUUUCUUCAUUAUUUUUCCUAAGGUAUUGUUUUCUUCCUUUGGUUAAAUAUCCUUCUUUAUUAAAAAUACUUCAAAAAGGAGUUUCUGAAUGGAUUUUUGAAAGAACAACAUUUCAUAGAAUACCAGAAGAUCCUAUGCUUGAUUUAAAAAAUGUUCUUGAUACUAUCUUUGAAUUUAUUAUGGAAUAUCCUAAUAGUCUUGAAGUAGGAAUGAUAAAUAAAGAUAAACAAGAAGAGUCUUUGUGUAACUUGCUUUUAAUUCUAAAAGAUAAUUUAAAUAUAUUAAGUGCUUAUUAUGCUGAUGGAUUUGGAGAAAUAUUUUCUCUUGUGAAAGGAAAUCAAUACAUAGGCACUUCAACAAGUAUGUCAUAUGCUUUAGAUGAAAUAAAAGAAUGGACAGUAACCAAGUUAGAGACAAUGGCUCAAUUGAACUUUGAACUUAAAAUGAAAGUUCAACAAAUGAGAGAAAUAAAUGAGAAAAUCAAGCAAAGAAUUGUCUUGACUUCAUCACUUUUUUCUCAAUAA